AUGGAUCUCUGGUGUGGGGCGCCGGCCGGCAGGCACAGCCCCCCGCGCCCCCGGACGUCCGCCCUUGCCCACGCCGGGCUCCUGCUGAUGCUACUGCUGUUACUGCUGCUGCAGCCCUCGGGUUGCUUGGGCGCUGGCGAAGUGCAGGGGGCACUGUCCACGGGUGCCCCUGCCGACCUUGGCGCCCCCUGUGCCCCCAGUGCCACCUGUCCCUCAGGCGGACGUCGCUUCCCCCGGCAGGCCGCCACUAGCCAGCCGCCCAGGACCCUGCAGUACUCUGCUUCUAAAGCCGACGAGGAUGAGUUCCUUCCCCGUGAGUACUGUGGCCUCCACGCGGGAGGAGGGUGCCCAAGCAUCCUUGAGGACCUUAAGGGACAGCGGAAGAAGGGGCACGGAGAGAGUGAUGUUACCUAUUCAGUGCGGGUGGGGAGUCCAUGGGUUGACCAGAUAUCCAAGUCUACUGUCGACGUCCUGGCACAGCAGGUCAUCGUGAACAGCCAUUAUCGGUCCCAUCGGUACUGGUCCUGGGUCGGCCAGGCCAAUGACAUUGCCCUCCUUAAGCUUGAGCGGCCACUCAAGUACAACAAGUAUGUCUGGCCCAUCUGCCUGCCUGGCUUGGACUAUAUGCUAAAGGACCACGCCCUCUGCACUGUGACAGGCUGGGGACUCCCCAGGGUUGAUGGUGUGUGGCCCCAGUUCAGGACCAUCCAGGAGAAGGAAGUCACUAUCCUGAACAGCACGGAGUGUGAAAGCGUCUACCACAGGUUCUCCAAAAUCCCCUCUCUGAUUCAGAUCAUCAACUCCCAGAUGAUUUGUGCAAAGGAUCAACAGGAACAGUUUUGCUAUGAGAUAAGUGGUGAGCCCUUGGCCUGUCCUGUGGAGAGCAUAUGGUACCUGGUGGGAAUGGUGAGCUGGGGCCCAGGCUGCAAGAAGAGCAAGGCCCUGCCCAUCUACCUACACAUCUCCUCCUACCAGCAGUGGGAACGCCUCAACGGGCAGACUCUGCCAGCCCCAUCCAGGGCCCUGCUCCUGGCACUCCUGCUGCCCCUCAACCUCCUUGCUGUCCUCUGA